CACUGCCUGUCUCACUGCCAACUGAGACGACAGACAGGAACACACUGAGACAGGAAGAGGAAGACAGACACAGAGAGAGCUGUACGACAGGAGACGCUCCAACUGUCGCUCUGCUGAUCUGAUGCCACAACUGCCCAUCUGUCUGUCCACCUGCAGACAUGUCCUCCCGGGCUGAGAAUAAGACAGCCUCACAGUUCGUGUCUCUCACGAUGAGGCUGAAGGAUAAAAUUCACGCACAGAAGAUCAGACGCUCUGAACGAAUCAAACAGACCCCGACACACACAGCUGACCUGCAGCACACACACCAGGGUGUGCUGUUGGAGCAGGAGCGGGACGUGGUCAGCUCUCUGCAAUACUUUAAGGCUCUGGUGGACAAACUGCUGCUGGACCCGUCUGUGGUGGGGGGGUUGCUGGGAGGGGCGUCCAGCAGGGUCCUGGAGGCGGUGAAGAGCCUGGUGAGGGAGGGGCCACAGCAGAGAGACAGUAAGACCGUAUCUUCCUGUCUCACUCGUCUCUACCUGUCUGUGGCUCAGCUGAUUAGCUGGGCUGAUCACGUGAUGUUACAAGGUGUCUCCCAAGGCAACAAGGAGUCCACAGCAAGUGUUACCAUGGUGAUCCGGGCGGUGCUGGAUGGGGUGAAGGAACUGGUCCGAUUGGCUUCAGAGAGACAGGGAGACUCCGCCCCCGGGUCUCCUGUCCAAUCACAGGCCUCCGUUGGACAGGGGGGUGGGUUGGAGGACCAGCAGACCUCAGACAGGAAGUCUUCCUGCUGGAGUCCAGAGGAGGAGCAGGAAACUCCUUCAGCGCCUCCUAAACCCCCCAUGCCUUCCUCAGAGCCCCGCCUCCUGCUGCCCUCCCCAGGGGGACUCAGUCCUCCGGCCCUGCCUCCUAAACAGCGUCACUCGUUAAGCCCCGCCCCCUGCAGGGUUGCUAUAGUGGCCCCAAUGAGACGGGAGCUUGCAGCAGACCGACAGCUGUUACAGGAGGAGACUCUGAAGAGGGGCUGCACUGCUGACGACACACACUGUGAGGAUGAUCCGGACUAUCACUUCCUGCUCACUGACCUGUACUCCACUGAGACCCCCCCCGCCCUGCCAGAGAAGAUACGCUGCAGCACCGGAGGAUCGACCUUCUCUCAGGCCCCGCCUUCUUUUGGCUUUGAGUCCGCCCACUGUGAUGACAUCACCUCUCACUGCGAUGACGUCACUGACCCUGAUGAUGUUGCGUCCUCCCCCCUGUCCCCCAGCAAGACGCCCCCUCCCCUCCCUGAGAAGAAACGGCACAUCCAGCAGUACCUGCAGUUCUGUUCGGCCUACAGCGCUCCAUCAGCAGCCGUGUUCUACCAGCGGCCUUUGACCUUCAGCCAGCGUUACAUCAGCCAGCAGCUCACACACACACAGCUGGACACACACCUGGAAACUCAGACAUCAGACUCAGACGCCUCACCUGCGCUGACUCCUGCUCCACUUUUACCACCGAAGAAGAGACAACAAGAUUCUGAUGGCCCAAAUGAAGAGGAGCAGACCAGAGACAGCUCUCAGAGGCUCCAGCAACAGGAAGAGGAGGAGGAGGAGGAACAGGAGGAGGAGAUGCUCCUGACUAACAGACAGGAUAUUCUCAAGAAGAUCACAAUAAAACCUCAGGAGGAGGAGGGGCCAGAGGUGAAAGCUGCGUCUGCUGAGAUCUUAUUGGUCCACGCCAGCGAGGCAGACGAGAGGACAGAAUACCUGCUGUACCGUGAAGCGUUCCUCUGCACCUACAGGAGCUUCAUCAGCCCGAGGGACGUCCUCAGCAGACUGCAGCGUAGGUACCAACACCUGAGUGAAGGGGUGGGUGCACACCUGAGCGCCAAGAACACCUUCCAGCUGCUGCUGAGGGUCGUGGAGGAGCUGUGUCCCGUAGAGCUGGACUCUGAUUUGCUGCUGCUGCUGAUGGACCUGGUGUUCUGCCUCCUGAUUGGUGGAGAGCUUGAGCAUGCCCACCUGCUGCGCUCCAACAUCCUGUCCAAGAUGGAGCAGAGAGAGCAGCUGAUUGGCUCUCCUCAGUCGCUCCGCCCCCUGGCAGCCAGGGGCGUGGCUGCCAGACCCGGGACUCUGCUAGACUUCAGGAGUCAGGAUUUAGCUGAACAGCUGACUCUGCUGGACUCUGAGCUCUACUGCAGGAUAGAGCUGCCUGAGGUGUUGCUGUGGUCUAAGGAACAGAAUGAGGAAAAGUGUCCCAACCUGACGGAGUUCACACAACACUUCAACAACGUGUCCUUCUGGGUGCGUUCUGUCGUCAUCCUGCAGGAUAAAGCUCAGGACAGAGAGAAGCUGCUGCUGAAGUUCAUGAAGACCAUGAAGCACCUGAGGAAGCUCAACAACUUCAACUCAUACCUGUCCAUCCUGUCAGCGCUAGACUCCGCCCCCCUGAGGCGCCUCGACUGGGGGAGGAGCUCCACCGAGGCUCUGGAGGAGUUCAGCUCUUUGAUUGACAGCUCUUCAUCAUUCAGAACCUACAGAGCAGCUCUGGCUGAAGUGGAGCCUCCCUGUAUCCCCUACCUGGGUUUGAUCCUACAGGACUUGACUUUUGUCCACCUGGGGAACCCUGACACCUUGAUGACAUCACAGGGUUCAAAGGUGAACUUCUCUAAACGCUGGCAGCAAUUCAACAUCCUGGACUCGCUGCGGAGCUAUCAGCAAGUGCCGUACUCUCUGCAGCCUAAUGAUGACAUCAUUUCCUUCUUCAAUGACUUCAGUGAUCACCUGGCAGAAGAAGCAUUGUGGGAACUCUCGCUUAGGCUCCGCCCACGAAAUGCUCCAAGAGCCAAUCAGAGAUGACGGACCAAAACAGACUUAACCUGUGCUUGCUUAAUGCUAACAUGAACUGGUGCUAACGUGUCACAGACACAAGGCUGAACACGGGGCUAACCAUGGUCAGCCAAUCAGAGGCAGAGUAGGGAGGGAAGAGGCUGUAGAAGAAUACAUAAUAUGACUGUAAUUAAACACAAUUAGCUGUUUCCUUCAGUUUGAUUGGACAACCUUUGGGUUUGAUGAUGGAUGUUAGUGUAAAAGCAUGACACCUGACAAGGUUAGCCUGGAGCUAGUUGGGGAUAGCAAGGUGUUAGCACAAGCUAACCUGCAGUAAAUCUGACCUCAUACUUUAAUAAACGUUUAUAAGCCA